CAGAUCCGUUUGGUCUGCGCAUUUCUCAUCAACGACGAGCCGGCCUGCGAUUGCCACCCCGAUCCCCCCCUUCUCCUCCCCGCAAAUCCAUCAAUCGCACUCGUCCUCCCCGCUCUCCCGUCCCGAUGCAAACCAUGCCGACCCGAUCCGACGUCCAGGUCAAGGUCGACUGUCUCGUCAAGGCCCGGAUUCCCACCUUUGACCAUCGCGGCACCUGCUGGCUCUUCCUCUACUCCAACAACCAAGACUCGGAGGAGCAUCUGGCCAUCGUCUAUGGCGACGACAUUGUCUCGACCUCCCUCGAGGCCGUCCAUCCUGGCGAAGACUCGCCGGAGGAUCGCAUCCGGCGAGGCGCUGCUCCGAAUCCACCCACCAGCCUGACCGAACCAACACUGAACGGCAUCAACGGCACCAACGGCACCAACGGCCACAUCCACCACCACGAUCAUCCUCCAACCCUCACGCGCAUUCACUCGGCAUGCUUCACAGGCGAGACCCUGGGAUCGGCUCGCUGCGACUGCGCUGAACAGCUCGCCGAUGCCAUGUCGCUGAUCAACAAAGAGGGAUCGGGCGUGAUCAUCUAUCUCAAGCAGGAAGGCAGAGGCAUUGGCCUGAAGGAAAAGCUCAAGGCAUACAACCUGAUUGAUCAAGGACACGACACCCUGACGGCCAACGUCCUGCUGGGCCACCCUGUCGAUGCCCGGUCUUACGAGAUCGCCGCUGCCAUCCUCAAGGAUCUCAGCAUCACCUCGCUCCGUCUCCUCACCAACAACCCCGACAAGAUCUCGCAGCUCGAGAGCCAGGGCAUCCACAUCGACGACCGCAUCCCGAUGGUGCCCAAGAGCUGGCGUGGCUUCCUGAAACACUCGCAGAGCAACGUCAGCAGCGCCUUCCGACCCAACAUCGAUCCUCCCUCGGCCUCGCCCAGCCGCGACGCAAGCCGCAGCCCCGCCGUCUCCGAGGUGGACGAAUACAUCAUCACCAAGGUCGAGAAGAUGAACCACAUGUUGGACGUGCCAAAGGAUCUGCUUUCCGUCUUCAACUCGGCUCGGCAGUCGGCCGAGUCGCUGCACAGUCGCCACACCGAGCGGAGCGAGAACGAGCACGCAAGUUCGUAAGCUCCGACCCACUCACUCUCCCCUCCUGCUAAUGCCACCUGCAAGUUCAUAAAUCCGUCUCCCACGACCGCGACAGCCGUCACCAUCAGAUCGCAUAUCACCAGAAGCACAAUUACCGUCGUCAUCCAUCGCCAUUUGCUCGCCCCUCCCAUUAUCGUCGUCAUUUCCCCCCCCCUAUCCCUGCGCCUACUUAUGCCUUAGCGCACAUUGCCUGU